AAAUGAACGUUCACAAUAAACCGAGUAUUGCUGAACACAGCCUAGAAACUUAUAGGAGCUCACAUGAACAUGCAGCUUAUCUGUCCUCCAUAGCAACCUAAGAAGCUCAAGGAGACGUUUGUCGUGUAUUCCACUUUGCUAAUUUCAGCCGGUAGCAGAAUGGGGUGUUGUCUGCUUAAAAUCGCGGUGUUGGUUCAUUUGGUUGGGGCUUUGUUAAUUGGUGGCUUGUUUUGGGCUGUUCUGAAUGACCACUACCCUCCCUUGCCAGAUGUCCCUCAUGUUCCAGCCACUUGGUUUGGUAAAGGAAAGCCCACCCAAGAAGAUACAGCCAUUCGACCCUUCAAAGUCGACUUCGAUCCCAAGGAUGUGAUGGAUCUGAAAAAGAGACUACAAAUGGACUUGACACGGCUUCAAGAACCCUUGGAAGAUGCUGGUUUCACAUACGGGUUCAGCCAAUCCCACUUGAAGACUGUGGGCGAGUAUUGGUUGAAGAAGUUUGACUUGUCCAAGAGUCAGAGCUUGAUGAACAGUAUGCCUCAAUUCAAAACGUCUAUUGAUGGAAUCGAUCUUCAUUUCGUUCAUGCCAAGCCCGAUCCAAAGAAGGCCAAGGGCAAGACCGUGCUCCCAUUACUUUUGGUUCACGGAUGGCCGGGCUCAUUUGUGGAAUUUGUCAAGAUCAUUCCCCUGCUCACAGAAGCGAGUCCGGAUCGGGAUUUCGUUUUUGAGGUCAUUGCUCCUUCCAUCCCUGGCUACGCUUGGUCCUCGGCCCCUGCCAAAAAGGGCUUCAACGGACAGCAAUGUGCAAGAAUUUUCCACAGAUUAAUGACGGAAAGGCUGGGAUUUGACAAAUACUACACGCAAGGAGGAGACUGGGGCUCCCUCAUCACGAUGGCAUCUGCACUUUUGUACCCCGAGAGUGUCUUGGGCUCCCAUUUCAACAUGCCAUUUGUGAACCUGCCCUCGAGCAAUCUUAAGAAUUUGUUGGCCGCCAUUCUCCCGUCGGGUUGGGUGAUAGAUAAGGCCGAGGAAUCUAGGAUCUUGCCCUUGGGAGAGAAGUUUUCCGACCUGUUUGGCGAGAUGGGCUACGCUCAUCUCCAAGCCACUAAGCCGGACACUUUGGGCGUGAGCUUAAACAAUUCGCCCUUGGGCUUGGCAGCCUACAUCCUGGAGAAAUUCUCCACCUGGACCAACAAGGCCAACAAACAAGCGUCGGAUGGAAAUCUCUUGGAGAAAUGGACCAUGGACGAGCUUUUGAAUAAUGUCGUGGUGUACUGGAUGAGCGGUUGCAUCACAUCUUCUAUGAGGUUUUACGCGGAAAACAUGCAAUUCUUUGAAGAAGACAAUUUAGCUCUUCAAAGGUUACCAGUCUUGGUGCCUGUUGGCGUGAGUGAUUUUCCUCAUGACAUUCAAUCCCUUCCAACAUCGUAUCUCAAGAGCAAAUAUCCCAAAUUGGUGAGUGUUACCACAAUGUCCCGUGGUGGUCAUUUUGCGGCUUAUGAAGAGCCCCAACUUCUGGCCGAUGACUUGAUUCAGUUCGUGAGCCAAGUGGAGGAACAAAUCAAGAAGGAUGCCUCCCAAUCUGCCAAGUCGAAAGGAGAGCUUUAAAUAUAUCGAAAUACACAAAUGGCAGAUUUAUUAACCACGGAA